GAAGCGACCAGCGCCAGUCGCCAACUGAGCAUCACACGCUCUGUAGUCUAUAUUUAUUUUCAGAGAAACAUUCCAAAAUUCGAAACCAUUGCGUGUUCGAUAUUCAAAUUUUCAGUGCACAGAUAUAAAAUAACAGUUCAUAGACGGUUAAACCACAAUGUGAUAUAAUAAAAGAGGUUAAAAUGGCGUUGCCUAUGCUGCGCCGCUGUUGCGGGUGCUUGUCCUUGGAGAGAGGCUGUCUUAUACUUGGAAUUAUUUCUAUUCAAGCGUGCGUAUUAUAUAUAAUAGCUGGGUCAUGGAACCUGCCGCGCCACAAGGAGAGAGAGCGAGAAGACAAUCUGAUUUCCAUGACGACGGUCAUGUUCUCUACUCUGUCAGCCAUCAGUAACCUGGUUGUGCUCAUUGGAAUCUGUAGGAGGCGUCCCAAUUACCUCCAGCUGUCACUUCUCUUCAACUCAGUGUUUAUCCUGUGCAUCUUCCUGGUGGCGGCUGUCACUUGCCUGUUCAGUCCGGAGUUCAGGCCAGUGCUGCAGUCGCCGGGGAAUGUGACUUUGGUGGUGGUAUCCCUCAUCUUUGGUGCGGCUUAUUCGCUGUAUUACCUGAUUGUGGUCAACAGUCUUUACAGGAAGAUGAAAAUGUCAUACAGUGAAACGGCUCUGCCGAUGUGAAAGCCACAUGACAUUUAGUGCCUUAUUUAUACUUUUGUAAUGCUUCGUGCAUGUGUAAAUAAACUAUUUAUGUAAAA